AUAAUGAGUAGCUUCCUCACCUACUGACUUUGAGACAAAAGCCUCAAGGGAAGAAUCCCUACUGAGGGACUGACUCCACAAGGUCAAGACCUGAUGAGUACAUGUCACAGUAGUUUCAUAGUUUCGUAGUUUCGGACCAAUCAACGUCAAACUGACCAACCCUGAAGUGGGGGAGGAAGACUCUUCAGAUGCUUUAAAACCCCAGGACUCGGGAGAAGAGACUGGGGUUUUCGGCUUCCCGAGCACCCUCUCUGCUUUACCGAGGAUCUUUUUUCUCGACGGUGUCAUUUUCGGGACCUGUCUCCGGAUUUCUUCUGAAGACGGUAUAAUUUUGGGACCUUAUCUCCAGAUCUUUUUUAAGGACUACUGACUCAUCAAGAAAUGACUUACAAAAUGAAGAAAGAACAUGCCUUUUGGGCAACUGUGUGUCUGUUGCUCAGCCUUCUUCCUGAGCCUCUUAGUGCUCUGCCUGAGGAAGCUGAUGAUACAGAUUCUGAGCUGCAGCCAAUGAAACCGCUGCAUACAUUUUGUGCAAUGAAGAUGGAAGAUGGUCCAUGCAAAGCAAUGAUAAGGAGUUAUUUUUUCAAUAUGUAUACUCAUCAAUGUGAAGAAUUUAUAUAUGGGGGAUGCGGAGGAAACGAGAACCGAUUUGAUACCCUGGAAGAGUGUAAGAAAACUUGCAUACCAGGUUAUAAAAAGACAACUAUAAAGACAGCAUCUGGAACAGAAAAGCCAGAUUUGUGCUUCUUGGAAGAGGAUCCUGGCAUCUGCCGAGGUUUCUUGAUUAGGUAUUUAUAUAACAACCAGACAAGGAAGUGUGAACGGUUUGUGUAUGGUGGAUGCCUGGGCAACAGCAACAACUUUGAGACUUUGGAUGAAUGCAAGAAGACCUGUGAGGAUCCAGUGAAUGAGUUACAGAUGAGUGACUACAUAACUGAGCAAAUUACCAUAACUGACCGCACUACUGUAAAUAACAUUGUGAUUCCCCAGUCUUCCAAAGUGCCUAAGCGUAAGGUUGCCUCGGUACUGUAUCAUCUUUAUGAUACUUUGAAAAAACUCAUCUUUGGUUAGACUUCAAAAACCUACUGCUAACUCAGUCUCCAGCACUUGGUCUUUGAAUGAGAAAAGGAAUACCUAAGUACUGAGCCAGGGCCAUACUGCUUCAUGCCAGCCUCUGGGUUCAGGGAGAAUGUCUAGAUGGAACAAAGAAGACCCUAUGGCCACUUGAAAUUCUUUCCUGACUCUAUCCAACAUAUGACCUAGGGCCAAACUCCACAUUCAUAGAAAAUGAUGAGAAAGAAGUAAAUGCAUGUAAUUAUAUAAUUAUCAUUGGCCUUCUGGAAGAGGAAUGAUGUUGCAGAGGAACUAUUCAAUAAUCAUGAAUAUUAUGAUAUCAUCACUGAUGUGUUCAUGUUAGAGAUCUGCAAUAGAGUGCUUUCACCUAUACCUUCUCUUGGAAGAUAUUGCUUACAUGCAGAGGAACUGAGCAAUCAUUUAAGUUUUCUGGGAAGAAAAUAUCCCCCACCAACUAAGGAAUCGCAUACUUAGAUGCAUACCCGGAGAAGCCACGAGUGCUGUGGAUAGUGCUGUAAACCUCAUUUCAUCAACAAGCACACACAGUUUGAAACAAGUGUGGUGGCCUUCAAAUGUAUUCUCACUCAGAAACAUAGUUCUAUCUCACAGUCUACGUCUUCCUGCAUAGUAAAUCUGGUAGCUUGUGCUGACAUAUUCUGGCAAGUUGGCUUUCCACAAAUAGACAGCUUUAGCAGAGCUUACAUCAGGCCUUCUACUUCCUGUCAAGAAUGCUGGCAAGAAACAAGAAUGUGGCACUUCCUCUGCCAAAAUCACAGACGGAACCCUACCUACCUAGUAAAGCUCUUCAGAGACUAUCUUGAGUCUAGUCAAAGACAGUCAUUGUCCCAGACAGCAGAGCCCUCCAGAGAAAUGCUUCUCAGACAUCAACAGAUCCUUUUACAAGAGAUGAAAUGGACAACUUCACUCACUGUGCCCACCAAUUCUUUUAAAUGACAUUGGUACUGAAUAAAAUAAUAAAAAUUUAAGUUUGUGACAAUUAUAAAGCUAUAACCAAAACUUAAUUG